ACAAGCAACACAUUCUCAAUGUACGAGCCAUCGAUGUAUCCAACUCAAGGAUAUCUACAGUUCAACGACGGUCACAUUUACAACAUGGCUUGUCUUUCAUUGAGUGAAUUUACUCAAAACACAAGCAACACAUUCUCAAUGUACGAGCCAUCGAUGUAUCCAACUCAAGGAAAUCUACAGUUCAACGACGGUCAGAUUUACAACAUGGCUCAAGGUUUUAUCAAUCCAUAUAUGACUAUAGAGCCACAGUGGAUGGAUGCGCAACAACAGCUUCACCUCAACGAUGGUUGUGUCAUUCAUGAUUCAUAUGACAAUGCAACUUUUAUAUCGCCCACGGUACCAUCAACAGUUGAUUCUCAUCAUCAGGACACUUUCAACAAUGCAUUUCUUUUCUCAACGACACCGCCAUCAAUACCAGCACAUGUUCCACACCCUACGUACAGUUCAUAUCCUCCAUACAAUACUCUUGAAGUUGUUGAAGCCCAGCUCAAUGCAUUACAAGAAUCAAGGGAGAACCAAACUCAAGAAACACUUCCUCGUGAAACCAACUUAUCGUCUUCGGUCACAAGGGAUGAGGUAGACCCAGUGGAUAAGUAUAUUGAUUGGGCUAAGGUUGAAGAAAGGGAUAUUGAUGAACUUGAUCCAGUUGAAGUUCUCGAAGCUUUAGGUUUUGGAGUAAGUCCUUAACCUUGAUCAUAUAUAUACUGUAAUAUUAUUUGGUACGUACUCGUGUGUUAUUCUGUAUAGUCGUAUAGAACAUCGUAUGUUUGUAUUCGUAGUCUUUGUUGAAUGAUAUUAAUAUACUGCAGCCUUACACGCUACAGAGUAAC